AGGUCACCUAUUACCUGGAAGGUGUCAGUAAAUAAGUGAAUGUAAUUGAUGAUAUUCCAAUAUGUUCAGGUUAAUUUCAAGUCUAGUAGUGAUUUUAACAAUCUCACAAUCAGUUGUGGCACUUUUGAGUAGAGAGGAUUUUGGAGAAAAACUUCUUGAAGUAGCCAGUAUGUUACACAACAGAUGCAUCAUUAAAAGUGGUGUAAACGAAGUUAGUAUUGAAGGCAUCGCACAUGGAAACUUUGUAGAUGAUAUGAAAGUGAAGAAAUACAUCGCAUGUUUAUGGGUGGAAUCAGAAGCAAUGAAUGAAGACGGUUCUUUGAAUAUGGAAGUAAUUGAAGUAUUGUGUCCUCCAAAACUGAAACGAGAAAUGGAAGUAGGUCUUCCUCGGUGUCACGCAGAAUCUGCAGGCAUAAGACCUCUGUAUGAGAGAACAUACCAAAUAACGAAAUGUUUUUAUGAAAGGUAUCCCGAUCAUUUCUUUGUGCUUUGAGGCGCAACAUUUCACCACUGAGUCUCCAUAGUUCCGCCGGCAGAAAGCAACUAUGAACUUUACUAUAUAGUUUUCAAUUUGUGUGUUUGUGCAUGCUAAUUAAUUUAUGAUAAAAUAAAUACACAUUUGAAAUAUUA